AUGGUUAGGAGGCGAGGCGCACAGAAGAAGCACACAAUCUCAAGGACUCCAGGGGGGCCAAAAUUCCCGGCGCCGAAGCGGUUGAGACAGAGCAGUGACGGGACCAAGAGCACGACGGUGAUGGAAGGCGCAGCACCAAUUCCAAUCGUGCGCUCCGUGGAAUCGAGUCGUCGCAGCCCCUUGGGAACAUUCGGUGGAGACGAGAUCGCAGUGGAGACCAAGGGUUGUGCGGCACUCACCGUAUAG